CUUCUUCCCCAGCCCAACUACCCAAUCCUUCUCCCCCACAGCGACCAAAACCUGCUCCGAGGGUUCGCGCCGCCGCCGCCGCCGCCGCUCACACCCUCCUGCCGCCGCCCGUGCCGGUGGUCUCCGCCGACCAGCGAGCUUUCGAAAGCCCCAUACCCCCGCGAGAGCCCAGCCCGCACGGACCUCCCCGCCCCACGCCACGCCAUGGCGAGCUCCGGCGAGGACAGGGGCGUGGUGGUGGACAUCCGCUCCGCGGCGGAGUCGGCGGGCGACGACGGCGCGCGCGACGCGCCGCUCCACGUCGUCGAGUCCCUCUGCAUGCGCUGCGGCGAGAACGGCACGACGAGGAUACUGCUGACUCUAAUCCCGCACUUCCGGGAGGUUGUUCUGAUGGCCUUCGAGUGCCCGCAUUGCAGCGAAAGGAACAAUGAGGUUCAGUUUGCGGGGCAGCUCCAGCCCAAGGGAUGCUGCUACACUUUGAAAGUCCCCAAGGGGCAGCCUGAGGUACUGAACCGCCAAGUUGUGAAAUCUGAUUCAGCAACUAUUAAGGUAAUGCUGAUCCAUGCACUUGUUAAUGCAUUUGUGCUAUACACAUAUUCACUGUGUUUUAUGUUCUUUUACACUUUGACUUAUAUGCAGAUUCCAGAACUAGACUUUGAGAUCCCUCCAGAAGCUCAACGUGGAACACUUUCAACAGUGGAAGGGAGCAUUAUGCGAGCUGUUAGUGAGUUGCAAGCACUUCAGGAUGAAAGAAAGAAAGUGGAUCCUGAAAAGGCUGAAGCUAUUGAACAGUUCUUAGUAAAAUUGAGAUCUCUUGGAUCAGGGGAAGCUGCUUUUACCUUUAUUCUUGAUGAUGCUUCUGGUAACAGCUUCAUCGAGAACCCGAAUGCACCUUCAUCAGAUCCUUUGUUAUCUUUGAGAUUCUAUGAGAGGACAUAUGAACAACAAGCAGCACUCGGUUUUCUUGCUGAACCAACCAAAGAAUCUGGAGACUCUUCUCAGGAUGCGUCAACAGUGGAAGGAAACUCUGGUGGGCCGCAAAGGAUUCCACAUGGUUCAGUUGGAGCUGUUGCAGGUCGCCGUGCUAUAGCUCAGGGAAACUCUGAUGAAAUUACUGCAGCGCUGUGUAGAUAUUCAGCACCAGAAGAGGUUGAUACUUUACCAUCAACAUGUGCGGCUUGUGCUACUGAGUGUGUCACACGAUUCUUUUCUACAAAAAUCCCAUAUUUUCGAGAGGUGAUUGUUAUGGCUACAUCAUGUGAUGCUUGUGGCUAUCGCAACUCAGAGUUGAAGCCUGGUGGUGAAAUCCCAGCUAAAGGAAAGAAAACAACACUGAUUGUGCGAAAUGUAAAAGAUCUUAGUCGUGAUGUCAUCAAGUCAGAUUCAGCAGCAGUUAGUGUACCUGAACUUGAGUUGGAGCUGUCAAGCGGAACACUGGGUGGCAUUGUGACAACAGUUGAAGGUUUAAUUGUGAAAAUAUGCGAGGCACUGGAGCGAGUUCAUGGAUUCCAGUUGGGUGACAGCACAUAUGAAUGGAAGAAGAAGAAAUGGGAUGGUUUCACAGAGAGAUUAGCAAAGCUUCUAAAUCUAGAAGAGCCAUGGACUCUAAUUCUUGAUGACGCAUUAGCGGCUUCGUUUAUUGCUCCAGCGACAGAUUCGCUAGAAGAUGACAAACAGCUAACAAUUGAGGAGUAUGAGAGGAGCUGGGAGCAAAACGAGGAGCUGGGCUUGAAUGACAUGGACACGUCCUCUGCGGACAUGGCUUACAACACGACGAGCACGUCAUAAUCGAUAUUGGUUUAGUCUUCUUGUUGUGCACAAUGUUGUAACCUGUAAUUUGAAAUUUGGUACUCCGUGGUGUAUUCAAUUUUUAUUUUACGAAUGAACCUAAUCAAUAGGUGCUAUCGAGAUGGUUUCAACUAUAUAGUUUAUUUGUUCACCUUGGCAAAGACGUUGGUUCAAUCGUGCAACACUUGUAUUCUUGAA